AAUAGGACAUCACCAGCAAAGUACCUUUAGCAUUCAAUUGUGCCAACCAACCUAUUUCCUAAACCUUUCUGAAAUCUUCUUGUUUUCGUUCAAACAACAUUAAUGGCUUCCAUCAACAUUUCUCUCUCUUCAACAUGUUUAUCUCGCUCAGAAGCAUUAAAGAACUUCAAGUUGUUCAAUGGACUGCACUCUGGAGAUGUAUAUUCUGUUAGUGGGGUCUCUUCAGAGUCAUUCAUACGGCUUAAUCCUAGAGCACACUGCACCAUCAAGAAUGAUUUUAAGAUUAAAUCUGCAUUUUUAUCGGGCGAAGGAGAAGCCCGUUCUCAAUCCAAGGGUGAAAGUUCACUGUUCAGUGGUCUCUUUACUGGAACUGAGACUCAACCUGAUGCUGUAGCCUUUGGAACGCUAGCAGCAGAUGUUGUUCCCACAACAAGUGGCUUUCCUUUAGAUAAUGAUGAAUUCGAUUUGGAUCGGCCGACACAAGGUUUCUCAUCUGUUCCUGAGGCAAUCGAAGACGUUGGCCAAGGAAAAAUGGUGCUAGUUGUAGAUGAUGAAGACAGAGAAAAUGAAGGGGAUUUAGUAAUGGCUGCAUCCAAAGCUACACCAGAAGCUAUGGCUUUCUUUGUGAGGCAUGGAACAGGGAUAGUUUGUGUGAGCAUGUUAGAAGAAGACUUGGAGAGGUUACAACUUCCAUUGAUGGUAAACGAUAAAAAGAAUGAGGAGAAACUUUGUACAGCAUUUACAGUCUCAGUGGAUGCAAAACAUGGAACAACUACAGGGGUGUCUGCUCAAGAUAGAGCAACGACAGUACUGGCACUUGCGUCCGGAGAUUCGAAGCCUGAGGAUUUCAACCGACCAGGUCAUAUUUUUCCUUUGAAAUACAGGCCAGGUGGGGUUCUAAAACGAGCUGGCCAUACUGAAGCUUCUGUGGAUCUUGCCAUGUUAGCUGGCUUAGACCCCGUUGGAGUAAUAUGUGAGAUUGUGGAUGAAGAUGGUUCCAUGGCCAGAUUGCCUAAGCUUCGUCAAUUUGCAAAAGAAUAUAACUUGAAGAUCAUAUCAGUUGCUGAUUUAAUCAGAUAUAGGAGGAAAAGAGAUCAGUUGGUAGAGCAUGCUUCUGCUGCAAGAUUACCUACUAUGUGGGGCCCAUUCACUGCCCAUUGCUUCAAGUCAAUAAUAGAUGGAAUUGAGCACAUUGCUAUGGUUAAGGGAGAUAUUGGAGACGGCCAAGAUAUUCUUGUCCGGGUACACUCGGAGUGCCUCACAGGAGAUAUAUUCGGUUCAGCCAGAUGUGACUGUGGGAACCAGCUAGCGCUUGCAAUGCAACAAAUUGAGGCUGCUGGCAGGGGGGUUUUGGUUUACCUUCGUGGUCAUGAGGGUAGAGGAAUUGGUUUGGGUCACAAACUUCGUGCUUAUAAUUUACAAGAUGCUGGACGUGAUACUGUUGAAGCGAACGAAGAGCUUGGUUUGCCCGUUGAUUCAAGAGAGUAUGGGAUUGGUGCGCAGAUGUUGAGGGAUCUUGGUGUUCGAACUAUGAGGUUGAUGACAAACAAUCCUGCAAAAUAUAGAGGGCUUAAAGGUUAUGGUUUGGCAAUUUCUGGUAGAGUCCCACUUCUGUGUCCCAUCACAAAAGAAAACAAGAAAUAUCUGGAAACAAAACGUGCUAAAAUGGGCCAUGUGUAUGGGUUGGACCUUAUUCGCCCUGCAACCAGCACCAGCACCAGCACCACCACAACAAAUGGUAAAACAAACGUGGAGAAUAUUUCUACUAUAUAGAAUUCAUAACGGAUUAAUGUUUCUAGGCUUGGGAACUGAUGAGAUGUUCUUGUUGGUGAACAACUUGUUGGAGACAUAGCAAUCACCUGGAUGCAAACUCGGGAUACCAUGAUAAAUAAUUCAUAUCUUAGUCAUAGUUUUAUUGCUACUUGUAAUGGAAUAGUGGUUUCUUGGUGUAUACGGACAUUCUUCUUGUCCUUAAAUGUAUAUUAGCGUUGAUAAGAAAGUAACGCGAUUCACUUUGUCCUUGGUCCCAUCUCAAGGGUUAGUGAGAAGGAGGAAAAAAACAAUGAAAUAAUAUGUAUUUCUUGCAUCGGAUAAUGUAUUUGAACUCUUGCUAUAGGCUGUAACGCUUGGUAGCAAGUUGAUGUGAAUGAGUCAUUGUUGGCAAUUUAAACA